AUGCCCUGUUCAGGCUUCAUCUCUCCGACGUGGAAUCAGACUGCUGCUGUCAGUGGGAGGUUGUCAGCCAAGCAUCCCAAUAUUCAAGCAAUUCCAACACAGCCAAUCCAAAUCGCCAAGCUGCAGUACAUCCGAGGAAAGGAGGCAGAAGUGGCAACCAUCUCACCGAGGAGCAUGUUCGUUUCAUCGGAUGGCUGGACAUUUUUAGCAGCAGAUUUUUCCCACAUUGAACUGCGCAUCCUCGCACACCUCACCUCGGAUCCGGAGCUUCUGAGACUCUUCCAGGAGCCGGAGCCACCGGAUAUCUUUUCCACUCUUGCUUCUCAAUGGAGAGGAAUCCGAGUGGACCAGGUGAAGCUUGCAGACCGGGAACAAGCCAAGCGGAUUGUCUACGCGCUGGUUUAUGGGGCAGGUAAAGACCGACUGUCCGAGUGCCUCCAUGUGUCAACAAGCCAAGCCGGUCAGUUUAUUGAAAGCUUCCUCCAGAAGUACAAGGAAGUGCGCACAUUCACUCAGAGAACCAUACAGCAGUGUCACCAACGAGGUGGGUUUUGAUGAGUGGGGGGGGGGAAUUUAGUGUAAUAUCUGCACCUUGAUUCUGACUUUACUUGGGGCUCAGAUAGGAACAUAAACAAAAUAAAACAUCUCGUAGAUCAGCGGUGAGUUUCUCAAAUAAGUCGGUUUAUUAAAGACCUUAACAGUGCACACUGGACAAAAAAACACUGAGAGAACCCAAAGUGCUUCAAAGAUUCACAGUGUCUACAGCAUUUUUACAUUCUCACAACACAAUAGUUACUUGUGGAUUCUACAUUUUUUAAAUGUCAUCAUUGCUCAAUGUCUCUGUAACCUUACAUCUUUGUCUAUCCCCAGAGGUAUCUUUAACCUUAUGCUACAUGUUACUUAAAAAAAAACCUCUCACCCCAUUUGUAUAAUAAGUGGCCCCAUAAAUGUCAGUACCCCUGAUAAGGUUUAUUACCCUCAGCUUAGCUUACAACUUCCAAUGUUUAUUUUAACUAAACUAUCUGUGCUGUGGAACCUAAACACCAUGAUGAAUCUAUUUAUAGUCUAACUAAUAUCCUUAGGUUCCCUAUGUUGUCCAUUUUUCCCAUCAUACUUCCCAAGUAUGGGUUACACACAUUAUAAACUACUAAUUUUCCUUGCAAUUUGACAACAAUAAACUUCUUGACACCAGAUACAAUAGUAAUAUUUACAUGGGCAUCACAGUGGCAGAGUUGCAGCCUUACAGCAGCAGAGACCAGGGUUCGAUCCGGAAUAUGGGUGCUGUCUCUACAAAGUUUGUACGUUCUCCCUGUGACUGCAGGGGUUUUCUUCGGGUGGUCCAGUUUCCUCCCACACUCUAAAGACAUGCAGGUUUGUAGGUUAAUGGUUUCUGUAAAAUUAUAAAUCAUCCCCAGUGUGUAGGAUAGCGCUAGUGUACAGGGUGAUCGUUGGUCAUUGCGGACUCGGUAGGCCAAAGGGCCUUUCUCCACACUGUAUCUCUAAACUAAAUUAAAAACUAAAAAAGGCUUUUAAAUAGGCACAGGGAUAUGCAGGAUAUGGAGAGAUAUGGAUCAUGUUUAGACAGAGGAGAUUAAUUUAACUUAGCAUCAUGUUGGGCGUGGACAUUGUGGGCUAAGUGGCCUGUUUCAGUGCUAUACUGUUCUGUGUUCUAUGUACUGCAUUGAAGGUCAGUCAUUUUGCUGUAGCGCUGGAGUCACAAAGGGACCAGAGCAGCUGAGAUCUUUAGUCCUCCGCUCCCCUCUGGACAUUGGUGAACCAAAUGUUUUCAACAGUCUGGUACAUUCACAGUCACAUUUACCCACACAAUUAUUUUAUGCUCAGGUUACUAGACCUUUCAGGAUCUCAUAAUUUGUGCACAAUUAAAUCAUUCAGUUGAACUGUAGUUGAACCAUGUACAUACUUCCAACAGCCAUAUACUGCAGCAUCUCUGAGCUAUCCUACACUUCUGGGCAAUAGAAUUCACACCUGCCUUACCAAGGCAACGUAUAUAUAUUUUUGUGCCAAUAUAUUUUCUCCAACGUAGGAUUUAUUUGGAUUUUAAAAUUCAUAUAUCACAAACAUACUGCAAUUCAUUGUUUUGGCAUUGAUGUCUCCCAUUAAUAUUGACUUUGGCUAAGUUUGAUCCCUACUUAUUUACAGCAAUGUUUUAAAGAUUCAUUGAGUCAUUGCACAGUU